CACGCGGUUGCACAAUCCCCAAUAUCACCUUGAUAUCACCUGCAUAUUCUCGUAUCCUUUUGGCGUCCCUUAUGAACUCAAGCUGCACAUGGGAGUAGUGCUAUAUCUAAAUGGGCAAUGACCACAUCUUCUUAGUGUUAACUCAAGAACUGUACUCAUAAUACAUCGUCAGUGCCUAUGACUCUGUGCAGAUGGUGCAACGAAGACUUGAAACGGCAACCUAUACUCUGCGAAACGAAUUGGAUUUUUUCGUCCUGUGUCAGAGAGGCACCACAUGGCUGUCAAACCCUCAUAACAAUUAUGCACUGCUUCGCUUCAGGAAGCAAGAUGGUAUCAUCCCAUCAUCCUACAUAAACUCGCGGGAAUUCAUACUGUAUUUCAUUCCCCACAAUCACAGUCCCAUGUACAGUAUGCUGAGGCUGAUCUCUUUCUUGUUCUUCUUCGCCUAUGUACAAGCCUUGGACUGGACUGCGACGCCCUUCAAUCCACCGUCUAUUCCUCUUGCUGUGAGAACACCGUAUCUCUCGGCCUGGCUUCCUCAAGGAUCCGGUGCUGCUCUCAAUGAUGUUUGGCCAACGUUCUGGACGGGUUCUGUCCUUGGUUGGGCCGGCUUUGUCAAGGUAGAUGGAACUGCCUAUAGUUUCCUUGGAAGCGCCAACGUUCCCGGCGCGACCUUUCAGAAAGCUGCUCAAACGAGUUUCAUUUUCACAUCCACACAAAGCACCUUUGUCCUAGUGGCUGGACCCGUUCAACUCACUGUAUCGUUCUUGAGUCCCGUGGAUGCAACGGACCUUGUAAAACAGUCGAUCCCACUCGCAUACAUGACUGUUUCCGCCGCCUCGACGGAUGGCGCUGAACACUCAGUCCGAGUAUAUACCGAUAUAAGCGCUGAAUGGGUUUCUGGAGAUACAUCACUCACAGUCAACUGGACUACUUCUACCGGGAACGUCGUCGCCCAUCAAGUUCAGCUGACAGAUCCAUCAGUACUCUCCGAGGUCAACGAUCAUACACAGUAUGGAUCAGCUUUUUACUCUACCAUCAGCACCGAUCGUACAACAUAUCAAACGGGAGCUGAUGUCAUGGUUCGUGCACAGUUCAUCAGCAACGGUGUUCUACCCAACACCCAGGAUACGGAUUUCCGUGCAGUCAGCGACAACUGGCCUGUUUUUGCCCUGGCUAGCGAUCUUGGUUCUGUUUCUAGUUCAACGGAUUCACUGAUCUUUGCUGUCGGUCAUAUUCGCGAUCCUGCGAUUAGUUAUAUCAUCGCAAAUAAUGGGCAUCAGGCCAGAAGCCUCUAUUUCUGGAGCCAGUAUUCCGAUGCUGCUAGCUUAAUUGAAUCGUUUCUUCAAGGUUACCCAGACGCCCAUUCCCAAGCGAGCGCUUUUGAUUCCCAGGUUGAAAGCGAUGCUUAUGCGAUCUCCGAAGACUACGCAGGGGUCGUUGCAUUGUCUAUUCGACAAGCUAUGGGCUCAAUGGAAGUGACUAUCUCCAAGAGUACGGAUGGAUCAUGGAAUACGGAUGACGUUCUGGUAUUCAUGAAAGAAAUCUCCAGCGACGGAAAUGUAAACACAGUCGAUGUCAUAUUCCCGGCGUGGCCUGUACUGUUAUACACAAACCCGACGCUUGGAAAGCACUUGCUGGAACCGCUGUUCCGAUACCAGGCAACGGGUCAGUAUCCCAAUGCUUGGAGUAUUCAUGACAUCGGUUCGUCUUAUCCCAAAGCAUACGGGCAUAAUGACGGCGGCGACGAAGCUAUGCCUGUGGAAGAGAGCGGAAACAUGCUAAUCAUGUCUCUGAGCUAUGCACAACGAACGGGGGAUAAUACCCAUCUCACCACAUACUUUGAUCUACUCGACCAAUGGACCCAAUUCUUGAUCACGGACGCACUUAUUCCUGCCAAUCAGAUCAGUACCGAUGACUUUGCGGGAUCUCUCGCAAAUCAAACCAACCUGGCUAUCAAAGGUAUCAUCGGCAUUAGGGCCAUGGCUGAAAUUGCGUCUCUGUUGGGCAACACAGCUAAGAGCGACAACUACACUUCAAUUGCGGAAAGCUACGUAACUCGAUGGCAAACACUGGCGGUUUCUGACAGCGGUGAACACUUGACUUUAUCUUACGGCAAUUCCUCAAGUUGGGGUUUGUCAUACAACCUGUACGCUGAUAAAUUAUUAGGAUUGAACUUGUUCCCGACGUCGGUGUAUGAAACGCAAACCGCCUGGUAUAAAACCGUGACAGAACCCUUCGGGAUACCACUAGACACUAGACAUACUUACACCAAAUCAGAUUGGGAGAUCUGGACGAGCGCAUUCAUGACCGAUAAUGAAACACGUGAUAUAUUUAUCUUGGCGGUAAGGAACUGGGCGUCGGAUGGACGAAGUUCUCAGCCUCUCGGAGACUGGUAUGAAACACUCAACGGUAACCCUGAAGGGUUCAGAGCAAGACCGGUCGUAGGGGGACAUCUUGCCUUUCUGGUGCUUUGAGGCCUAUCGAUAAUUGACACACCCAAUUCGAGCAAAUUUUCAAACGUUCAAACCCACACAGCCACGAAGAUACAUACGAGACAAAAAGUAUGACGAUACCCAUUAUGAUUACCUCUCAGAUGAAGAAUAUAUACGUCGGCGACGACGGUUGAAGCCACCAAC